UGGGAAAAAAAUUGGUUACACACAAAAAUUUUUAACUAUUAAAAGUAAAACAAUUUAUACCAUCAGACUACAUGGAGAGAAAAUUUGAUACAAUGCUACAAUCUUGGAAUGGAGCCGAUCAGUUUUGAAAACUCUACAAAAUUACAGUGCUUUGCUUAUCUUGUUUCCAAAUGGAAGUACUGUUCUAAUUACUGGACUUCCGGUUCAAGGGUUAACAACAGUGAUUUUUCGUGGUGCAAAAAGAAAGGUUUGCUUGAGGUGCAAACACCAAUGCUACCAUGGGCAACGGGUGAGCCUCAAAAUGUCAACAAUAGUGAAAACUGCCUGCAGCUUAAAGUGCUAAGGGAAAACGCAGCUUUCUUGUUCUCAGAUAGAAUGUGUACCGACAUGCAAUUUUUCGCCUGCCAGGGCCCACCAACUCCGGCCCCUUGCUCAACCCCUGUUUGCCCUAAUGUCACGUGCGCUAAAAAUCCACAGUUUUAUGCUGCAAUGGGAAGCUCCCAAUAUCUGCAGCUUCCCAGUGAUCACGGUCAGUGGUUCACCUAUAGUGAAAGAAUGUAUCUUUUUAGCUCAACUAAUAAGAUUCAAACAUAUGUUGGUGCGAUGCAGGCGUGUUGUGAAGUUGGAAUGAAUUUAUUAAGCUUGCAGUAUGAUUACAAAUACAAAUCAAUCAUACAAGCUAUAAAAGAAAAUGUGUCGUCAAGUGACCUUUUCUGGACAUCGGGCAGCGAUCGCGGCUGCGAAUCUAAAUUCGGUUAUUGCACAGCAAACAAACUGUUGCGUCGGGAGGCGAUUUGGGCACCAGGUCAGCCAGACAAUGCUGGUGGAAACGAGAGUGCUGUUGUCGUCUUUAUCAACUCCAGCAGCGCUCAGUUGUUUGAUUACAACGAGCAGUCCAAACUCAGAUACAUUUGCGAGGCCAGGGACAAUUCCAGGCCAAAUACAGGAGGCACUUCAGUGAUGGAUGAGUGCGCAUCUAUUUUUAAUGUCAGCAAAAUUGAAAUUGAUAGUCUCUUCAAUCCCAACAUUACUAAGGAUAUCAGGAUUAAGUGCUUUGUCAAAUGCGUGGGGGAAAGCUCUGGACUGAUGGUAAACGGGCAAUUUGUGGGGAAUGAAGUUCUGGCAAUUUUGGAGAACAUGUUCAUUGGGAAUUCAGUCGAGCUUCAAAAUAACAUUGACAUCAUGGAGGAAUGCGAAAAUAAAUCUUUUAACAUCGUUGGAAUGGACGAGUGUGACAGAGCCGCGCAAAUGAUAAAAUGUUGCAGCGAAAAAGCUCCAGUGGUUCUAAGCGGCAUCAUCUCUGCCAUGGAUCAAUUGAUACCUCUUGAAAAAGCACCAUUGCUGUCUCCUCCAGCGGCCUGUGUUUUUGACCCUUCCGCAUGCACCCUCAAUACUGUAUUGGCUCAAGAAGUUGCCAAUUGCCUGGGUAACUGCACAACAAGGUGGGGAUUUGUGCGUAACUUAUGCGGCAAGAAAUACUAUCACGACAUAAGCCCGGUGUCUCUUGGGCAGGGAUAUAUCAACUGUUGUGUGCAUGGGUUGAAAUUAGCUUCUAUUGAAUCUGCAAAGGAAGUUAACUGCCUAACAAACUUAAACACCCCCAUAGCGGGUGCUUGGACUUGGGUUUCGGCGAGCCGGGUUAACAGUACUUUUCCACGUUGGUGCACCUCAAACGCCUCAUUUUCUUUCGCCGGAUUUGAUAAUGUUACAAAUGACCCAAAUCCUAUUUAUGACUCGUAUGCUAUUCUGCCAAAUACAAAACAAAUCAGUAAUAAAUCCCCAGAUCAAGCAUUUAAUCCACUUUGUCAGGUACCCUAGCUACCCCCUAGCAAUAUGAAAAUAAUGUUUUAUGGAAUCCAUUGUGUAAUGAGCCUGAAAACUUUUAAGAUUUUUAAUAUAUACUCAUAAAUCAUUGAAGAACCGAUCGGUCCAAUUAGGAAUUUGAUCUUUGCGCUUCAAUACUAAUACUCUUGACUUUUAAUUGGGGCAGUAUGCCUUAUCUUUAACAUGUAUAUUACAGUUGGAAUUUUAAAG